AUGGCUGAUACAAGUCAAAAAGCUUUCGCUAUUGUGACUAGUAAGUCGGGGCAGUGUAGCGAUGAUCAUAGCUGUAUUGAUAGGGGUGGUCUAUGCAUAAAUGCGUCGGACCAAAGCGAAGCUGAUUAUCCCGAAUUUAAGAAAGCAGCUACCUACAGGCUUUGCUGCUCUUUUCAAGCAAAGGGAACUGGAGACCUCUAUCCCUGCAAAUAUGGAGUUGCUCUGAGCAGUGGCGAGGACAUCAUGUCAUUUCAAGCAAAGGAAACUAGAGACCUCUAUCCCUGCAAAUACGGAGAUGCUCUGAGCAGUGGCGAGACCAUCAUAUCAUGUACGACAGAUAAAGAUUGCAAUGGAUUUGAAGAGGAUAGCAUUGCAAAAUGUCCUGAUAGAUACACGUAUAUGAGGACGGAGUUAGAAUGCGAAAAACCUCGAGACUGCAUGAAAGGCCAAGUAGAUGAAAGUGGUGCAGAGGAACGUGCUCUAUGUGCUGAAUAUUUUGAGAGAAAUGUUGCGCAGAAAAAACGAUGCUGUCCAAUUGGCCAGAAUGUGAACGCUUAUUGUACUAGGAGAAAGUGCUAUACAUUUUCUGAUUGUAAUGCGGGUGCAUACUGCGACCCCUGGUGGAAAGUCUGUUGCUAUAUUGGUGAAACGAAAUUGGAUGGUUCACAGCAUGAAAAGGGUGAAAUCUGCCAAGGUUCAUGUUCUGACAAAGAGCUUUUUGGUAAAAAAAUUCCGCAAUAUUGUGUUAGGACGAGUACCGCUGAUGCAAGCGGAUUUUGUUUCCUUUCACCUUAUCUUCGUGUCAAAGAUCGUGAUCGAACUGUGAAUCCGGUGUACAAUCGAACUGUGAAUCCGGUGUACAAUCGAACUGUGAAUCCGGUGUACAAUCGAACUGUGAUUCCGGUGUGCAAAGAGUGUUUAACAAUAUUGUUUACAGUAUCAGUAAUUCUCACAGUGGUAUUCGCAUUUAUAAACAAUUAA